AUGUUGGCAGAGGUGAAGCAAUUUUUCUUCAGCAACAGCGGCAGCAGCAGUUCAGAGUUUAAUUCUCUCCCCCCUUUCUUCUCUUCUCACAAAACCCUCCCUUCCUUUCUUUCUUUCUUUCUUUCUUUCUUUCUUUCUUUCUUUCUUUUUUUCUUUCUUACUUGCAGCUCUCCUUUUUGUUUGUAUUUUUAUUUAUUUCUUUUACUUUGCUUCACCCAUCAUUUUUCUUUCAUUCUUUCUUAUUUCGUUUCAUUACCGUUUUUAAAUCUCUUCUUUCUUUCUUUCUUUCUUUCUUUUUUCUUUCUUUCUUUCUUCCCUGCAUUUUCUUCCUCCCUUCCUUCCUUCUCAUUCAUUCUUUCUUUCUUUCUUUCUUUCUUCCCUGCAUUUUCUUCCUCCCUUCCUUCCUUCUCAUUCAUUCUUUCUUUCUUUCUUUCUUUCUUUCUUGGAUCCCACCUUUUUGUUUAUAUUUUUCUUUAUUUCUUUUUUUUCCCUUUCUUUUGCUUUCUUAAAUCUUUUUCUUUCUUUCUUUCUUUCUUUCUUUCUUUCUUUCUUUCUUUCAUUCAUUCAUCCUUUUUCUUUUCUUUCUUUUCAUUUUUCUUUCUUUCUUUCAUUUUCUUUCUUUCUUUUUUCUUUUCGUCCUUCCUUUUUUCAUUCAUUUCUUUUUUCUUUCUUUCUUGGAUCCCACCUUUUUGUUUAUAUUUUUCUUUAUUUCUUUUUUUUUCCCUUUCUUUUGGUUUCUUAAAUCUUUUUCUUUCUUUCUUUCUUUCUUUCUUUCUUUCUUUCUUUCUUUUACUUUGUUCCACCUCUCCUUUUUUCUUUCUUACUUUCUUUCAUUUUCUUUCUUUCUUUCUUUCUUUCUUUCUUUCUGUUUCACCCUCAUACUUUCUUUCUUUCUUUCUUGCCUUUUUUCAUUAUUUCUAG